ACAGUUUUUUUCACUUUCGUUUCACGCAUAGCCAAAUAUUAGAAAUAAGUAAAGUUUAAAUACGUGUGUAAAUGUAGUAGUAGCAAAAGAGUUUCUCGACCGUUGGAUCAAAGUUUGAGAUCAAACCAUCUGUGAGAUUACCCAACAAACCCAUCAAAUUUUUCUCGUCAUGAUCCCACCAAUACAAUAUUUGUUUUGUAUAUGAAUAAAUUAUCAUUAAAAGUAAACGAUGGAACCGUUUAACGAACUCAAUACAAACCAAACCAUUUCAUGUGUGGUGUGUGUGUGUGUGUGUUUAUAUAUAUUUACACAAACACAAAGACAGUUGUAGGAGCAUUCUGAUCUGAGAAUGGGUAACGUAGCCGGUUCCCGAAAAUUGAAUGCGGCAUCGAUGGCUGCUAGAAAAGUUGUGUUAUCCGACGGAAGAGUACAAAACUUAGAGGAAGAGACGACGGUGGCUGAGAUUAUGCUGGAAAAUCCGCAACACGUGGUUGUCGAAUUUGAUCCGUCAUCGAUAUCAUUCAACAAUCACCACCGGAAAAACAACGACGCAAAAACGGUGAAGAAGAAGCUGGCUCCUUUGCCCGCUGAUAAAACUCUCGAGCCGGGGAAAAUCUAUUUGGUGCUUCCCGCCAAAAGAAGCAGUGGCAGCGCAGCCAAAUCAUCAUCAGCAUCGGCGGUGCUCACGUCAGAGGAGAUGCGGAAAAUGCUAUUUAGCGCCACGGCAAUGGUAAGGUCAUCGUUUAGCUACUAUGAAGGGAUACUUCCUUGGUUUACUACUAGAAGUUAUAAGAACAAUAUUCCGGCGACUGAUGCGGUGGUUGCUGCUACGUCGGUUGGAAGAUUGGAGGCAGAGAUGGAGGAGGAAGAGAGGCCGGAGUUUUUGAGCCGGCAAUUGUCGGGAAGAGGGUGGAAACCAAGCUUGGAUCCUAUUAAAGAGAAGAAAGCAAAGAAGAAAAUCCAUCAACGGUUCUUGUUAUAAAUACGUUGUCGUUUUGUUAAAAUCCUUUUCUAAAUGAUUUUGUUGUAUUGGUGUGUGUUUUGUGCUAAAUUGUGUGUAAGAUCGUUUAUUAACGUGCGUAUGUGUCUUGUA